AUGUCGAACGACGGCCCAAGCUUAAAACAAAAAAUUGUCCCGAGCACGUCAUCCCCAACCUCUCGACCUUAUCCUCCCACCGCACCGCGCCGCGACGCCUGCCCGACCUUGCACGGCGCCGCCCCCAUCUCGCCCGACCUUCCACCGCGCCGCCCCACCCAGCCUCCCACCGCGCCGCGCUGCCCCGCCCCGCCCGGCCUCCCACCGCGCCGCGCCGCCCCGCCCGGCCUUCCAUCGCGCGGCGCCGCCCCGCUCGGCCUUCCUCCGCGUCGCCCGGCCUCCCACCGCGUAGCGCCGCCCCGCCCGACCUCCCACCGCAACGCACCCUCCCGCUACAUGUCUCACCCUCCCUCGGCUGCAGGUCGCGGCCUCCCGCGGCUGCAGGUCACAGAUUCGACCUCGUCGCUUCACAUAGGGACCGUGGCCUCCCCCGCGUGUGGUCGCCUCCGUCCUGCUUCAAGCCCGUUUCCGACCGUCCAUAGACUGAUUGAACUGACGGGCUUGAUCCCCUUCGACAAUAGCAGCUUCACCAAUGUUGCCGUUAAACAACGCAGGGGGCCCAAACCCACUAUCGUGCAAGAAAAAGAAAUCAAAGCCUCAACCAUCAGCUGCUCAAAUCAUCAGAUGCGCCAUCAGCUUCUCCUGCUCCUCCUCCUCCUGGUAUACACGAACUCCAGUUCGUCGAGAGGCUCCCUGGAGCAAUGGCAUGCUCCAAGCCCGCCGAGACUGAAUCAUUCGACAUCAAUUCUCUGCACAGCGUGGCUCGACGUGCAGCCCGCCGGCUCCUUCGUGUACGUCCAGACAAGAUGCUAUGAUGUACAAUUUAAUGCAUGAAGACCCGACCCAACCAGCGUCGCCAUGGCACGGCGCCUACUGGCGAAGGACCACCACCUCCCCGACGACGUGCCCAAACCCGCCGACGAGGCCCGCCGCCCCAACCCUCCUCCUUCCUCCUCGCAUCGGGAUGAGCAAGAUCCAGCCGGCGCCUAAAGCCCAUUCCACCAUUGUACCUCCCCCUUCCGCUCGCUGCACUGACCGGUGUGACAUAGCGCCGCCGCCAAGG